AUGAUGAGUAUCAAAUUGACUGAAAAUAUUAAAAGAAAACAGGUUUCAAAUGUGUUUGACACCCGCUGGAUAGAUCGUCCCGAUGCGGUGAUUGUAUAUUUGUAUUUGUAUAUUAAUAUGAAAGAGUCAACAUUCAUAUUAGGAUUAUGUAAAUUAGAACAAAAUUAUGAAGAAAUUCUUGAUGAUGUCAGAGAGUUAUGCGAUAUGACUGGUCAUGAGGUGAAAAUGCCGCGGAUAACUGGUAGGCAGACAAUUCGUUCAAAUGUACCAUCAACAACACCACAAGAAUAUUAUCGUCUUAAUUUAUUCAUUCCAAUAUUAGAUCAUUUUAUUGCUUCACUUAACAAACGAUUUUCUACUCAGCAGUGGUUAGCAUUAAGAGUGUCUCGUUUAAUCCCAGCAAUCAUCGAAUGA